CCGGGCGUCCCGGCCGACCGGCGCGCAGGCGCACUGGCCGCCGCCCGGAGCGCUUCCGCCUCCCGCCGUCGCGAUGGCCGCGCCGGCCCCCGGCUUCAUCUCGGUCUUCUCGAGCCCGCAGGAGCUCGGCGCGUCGCUGGCGCAACUGGUGGCACAGCGGGCCGCGUGCUGCGUGGCGGGCGCCCGGGCCCGCUUUGCGCUCGGCCUGUCCGGCGGCAGCCUCGUCUCGAUGCUGGCCCGCGAGCUGCCCGCCGCCGUCGCCCCCGCCGGGCCGGCUGGCCUCGCGCACUGGACGCUGGGCUUCUGCGACGAGCGCCUGGUGCCCUUCGAGCACGCCGAGAGCACGUACGGCCUCUACCGGACCCACCUGCUCUCCAAGCUGCCCAUUCCCGACAGCCAGGUGAUCGCCAUUAACCCCCAGCUUCCUGUGGAGGAGGCAGCAGAGGACUACGCCAAGAAGCUGCGACAGGCCUUUCAAGGGGACUCCAUCCCAGUUUUUGACCUGCUGAUCCUGGGGGUGGGCCCCGAUGGCCAUACCUGCUCACUCUUCCCAGACCAUCCCCUGCUGCAGGAACGGGAGAAGAUUGUGGCUCCCAUCAGUGACUCCCCAAAGCCGCCUCCACAGCGCGUAACCCUCACACUCCCUGUCUUGAAUGCGGCCCGAACUGUCAUCUUUGUGGCGACUGGAGAAGGCAAGGCAGCUGUUCUGAAGCGCAUUUUGGAGGACAAGGAGGCCAGCCCGCUCCCUGCCGCCCUUGUGCAGCCGCACACUGGGAAACUCUGCUGGUUCCUGGAUGAGGCAGCAGCCCGACUCCUGACCGUGCCCUUCGAGAAGCAUUCCACUUUGUAGCUGGUCCCGGGGACACCACCGUUGCGCCCAUUGCGGCUUGAGGGGGCUGGGAUCGUCCUGGGGCUGGGCCCCUCCACGGCUGUGUUCUAGGCUUCACGUUCGACAAGCCACAUGGUGCUGACAGGGCCUGGCCACUGGCUCUGCCCAGAUAUUAAAAGGAGCUUUGGCCCAGCCGGUGUAGCUCAGUGGUUGAGCUGGUUGAGCAUCGACAUAGGCACCAGGAGGUCGCCGGUUCGAUUCCUGGUUGGGGCAUAUGCCUGGGUUGCGGGCUUGAUUCCCAGUAGGGGGUGUGCAGGAGGCAGCUGAUC